GUUUGCUGCUCGUGGCGGGACUGUAGGUGAUAUUCUACUGUAGUCAAGCAAAGGAAUGUGAGGCAAUUGUCGCAAAGGUCUUGCGUUUGGACAUAUUUUUGCCAUGACUAACAAGCUUGUUGUGAAGUGUGGGAACUUCGCCGUUCUGGUGGAUCUUCAAGUUUUGCCUCAAGGCACCAGUAAAGACACCAGCUGGUUUUCUGACCAUGAGAAGGAGGAGGUUUGUACUCUUGUGAGAGAGACGCUUGAUUCGAGGGUGAAAGAGUAUAUUGAUAGUCGCAAGCAGCCGGGCCAGUUGAAACGUAAGGAAUACACUCAGGCUAGCCCACUGAUUUUGAAAGGAAACCGAUUGCGCAUUGCAGCCUACUUCAUUAAAAGAUGGGUGAAGCUCCGUUGUGUUGUGAAGCGACAGCAUCGUGAACUGCACGUGUUUCCAGACAGAUUUGUGGUCUGUGCCAGUCAACUUGAACCGGAUUCCAGCAUGCGGGGAACUGAAGCUACUGUGAAAGAGACAAAUUCCAGCGGGACAUCAGAAUAUUUUGCGGAACACAAAGGAAAUGAAAUGACCAACCUAGUGACUACGCCAACUCAAGCUGUGCUAAAGAACAUAGUUAGGAAGACCAAAAUACCAAAGGACAUCAGUGAUGAAGCGGGGAGAGUCAGUAGAAUAUCUCCUAGCCUUGGGCUGGCAGACACAGGCAAAGCCAAUGCAAGGGAUAUACAGAAGGCUUUGUCCAAAGCACGACCUGAAGAAAAAAGGGCAGAACAGGCAAACUAUUACAUAAAUACUGAGAGCAGUUUGGAGCUUCCUGUCCCAGAAGUGGAAAAUGAUGUUAAUGACAGACAGUCAUCUGAGUGUGCCGAGUUAAAGACACAGCAGGAGCUCAGCAAGCUUCUCUCUCGGCUCUCUGACUCAGCAAAGCAAACACAAAGCCUCCAAACGACUGUUGUGCAACAGAAGAGGAGACGGCACAGUUCCGAAGGCGAAUCAGAGAGAUGCAAAAAAUCUUGUUUAACAAGCGAUACAUUCAUCCGGCAAAGCAUUCCAAGAAACCAGGCUCAAGUGAAAGAUCUAAAGAGUGUCCCAGUAGCUUCAUGGACUCAUCCUGUUCAACAUGUUUCAGCAGAUAGUGGGAACACAUUGCCAAGCAAGCCAGCGGCUAUAAUAAGCGUGGCUAACCUAGGGAUGCACUGAAUACAGGAUUCGGUUCGGGAUUCGGC